AUGGUACCAAAUUGGACGCAGGCGCGGAGUGAGCCUGGCUGCUGCCACUGGGACCCCCCCCCCGUGUCCGCGCUGUGCGACCCCCCGGGAGCGGCGCCGCCGCAGACCCCGGCUCACGGGGCCCACCCGCCGCUCAGUUCCCAGGAGCUGGCCCAGGAGAUCAAAGCCUUCCUGAGUGGUGCAGACCCUGUGCAUGGUAACAAGCUUACCAUCAAGGAGCAUGCCCGCUGUGCCAUCCUGCUGCUGCGCAGCUUGCCACCUGCGCGCAGCGCCGUGCUGGACCAUCUGCGCAAUGUAUUCGAUGAGUAUGUAUGCACCUACCUCUUAGAACUAGAGAGCAGCGAGGCAGGACUAAGUGCUGGGCGGACUCAGGGGCCCAACUUGGAUGAUGUGGUGCAGGAGAUCCAGAAUGUGCUGUCUGAGUUUGUCCGCAUGAACCCCAAGGCCUGGGCACCUGUGGUCUCAGCCUGGUCCAUUGACUUGAUGGGGCAGUUGAGCAGCAAGUACGCAGGGCGGCACGGUGUGCCCCACGCCUCCAGCCUCAAUGAGCUGCUGCAGCUGUGGAUGUCGUGCAAGGCCACACGGACGCUGAUGGACAUCUACACCCAGUGCCUGUCCUCCAUGAUCAACACCUGCCCUGAUGCAUGUGUGGAUGCUCUGCUGGACACCUCAGUGCAGCAUUCUCCGCACUUCGACUGGGUGGUGGCUCACAUUGGUUCCUCUUUCCCCAACACCAUCAUUAGCCGUGUCCUCUCCUGUGGCCUCAAGGACUUCUGCGUACACGGGGCAGCCCCUGUCGACCUGCUCUUCCCCAGUGCUGCUGACAAGCGCGUGCCCAAGAUUGCCUCAGUGGUGGGCAUCUUGGGCCACCUGGCCUCGCGCCACUCAGGCAGCAUCAAGCAGGAGUUACUGCGGAUGUUUCAUGAAAGCCUGGGCCCCAUGCGUGACCAGCAGCAGAAAGCUACUGUGCCCUUCCUGCUGCAGCUGGCCGUCAUGUCACCCAUGCUGCUGGGGACCAUCUCUGCUGAGCUGGUGGACUCCCUCAAGCCGAGCGUGCUGAGCCAACUGCACCAGCACUUUGCUGCACUACCUCGCGAGGACCUAGAGAACAUGGUGAGCAUUGUGGUGCAUCUCAUCUGCCAGACGUCAGCAGGGGCCUACCGUAUCCUGCAGUUCCUGGUAAACACAGCCAUGCCAGCCUCGGUCAUCACCACGCCAGGGCUGGCCGUCCAUGACAGCGUGCGCGAGGCCUGUGACCGUAUCAUCCAGCUCUUGCUGCUCAACCUGCAGAAGCUGGUGUACAACCGGGGCACAGCCAGCCUGGGGGAUGCCCCACCCCGGGCUGUGCCCUUCCUAGAUGAGCUGAAGGGCCAUGUGCGGGAGCUAUGUGUGGAGACACUGAGGCUAGAGCGCAAACGCUUCUUGUGGCAGCACCAGCUUCUUGGGCUCCUCUCAGUCUACUGUACCCCCAGCUGUGCCACAGAUGCCCUCUUCUACCUGCUGACGCUGGCCCGGAGCCAGGAGGAAUUGGGCCUAGCCACCCAGCUCUAUGCUGUUCUGAGCUCCUGUAUGAGUGACCUGCUGCCAGCUACUGUCAAGAAGUGCGUGUGCCAAAUCCACAUGGGGGGGCUGUCAGAGCAGCACAUGGUGCAGCUGUUCCACAAUCUGGCCUUGAUUGUACAGUGGGAGGGGGAGGGUCCUGCCUCCAUGAGUGCCCAGCUAGGAGCUGUCCUCUCUCUGCACCUCUAUGAUCUUGGGCAGCUGUUGCUCCAUCACAAUCCGGAAGUGGCUGAGGCUGCCUCCUUGCUGCUCUCUGUCUGCCCCAUGCCCCAGACCAUCCGGCCAGCUCACCUGCUUGUCAUCAUCCGCUCAGCUGUGCACCAGUUCUUCCUGGUGCUGCAUCGCCAGUGCCCUACAGGCAUCAGCUACAGCAGCCGGCUGCUCUCAGCUGCCAUGAAGGCUAUCCUGCAGCAGCUGGUGGAGGGAGCACUGCACCCAGGGAACGCUGAGCUCUUUGGGGGCCUGGCUGAGCUGCCUACUGGGGAUGAUGCCGGCCUGGAGGGUGCCAGGGUCUCCCUAUUGGACAUUAACCGGCGCUUCACAGCUGCUGUCAACUUCUCUGGCAGCGUGUGGUCUGUAUUCCAUGCAGGGGUGAUUGGGCGUGGGCUGAAGCCAUCCCAUCCCCCCAGCCGGCAGGAGCCUGAGGAGAUUGUGCACAAUGUCCAGAACUUCCUGAGCCUGCUGGUGCGCUGCUGCCGGGGUGGAUGCUACAGUGCACCUGAGCCUCUGACCCAAACAGCAGCUGUCAACCCCGAGGCAGCCAAGGUGGUGGCUGUGGUGCUGGUGGAGAGCGUCUGCCCUGAUGUCACCAACAGCGAGCUUGGCUGGCCGCCUGAGGAGCACACCCGCACCACUGUGGAGCGUGACAUCCAGAUCUGCCGACGCUUCCGUGACAACCCGCUGCUUUUCCAGCUGCUGCGAUUGGUGGCAGCUGGCCCACCAGCCCUGUGCUACUGCUCUGUGCUGCUGCGUGGCCUGUUAGCCACCCUUAUGGCCCACUGGGAGGCCUCCCGUCACAGCGACACCACCAGCUCACCAUGGCACCUGCAUGCCUCCUGCAUCCUGGUGGCUUGCAUGGCAGAGGGCUCCCUGCUGCCACCUGUGCUUGGCAACAUGCAUGAGAUCUUCCACCAGUUGGUGCCCUUUGAGGUGCAUCUGCUGCUGCUGAGUGUCUGGGACUACAUGCGGGACAACAGCCCUUUACCCCAGAAGUUCACCUUCCAAGCUGAUAAAGGGCUCUUCUUCCGUGACUUCUCCCGUGACUGUGAUGUUGGGAAGUACCUCUGCGUGCUGCACAAUGUGCUGCACAAGAACAUCGACCGCUUGGGGCUGCUGUCAGGGCGCUUCCAGCCUUAGCGCUGCCCCCCAUCUUAGGACAGUCCUGGACUCCCUGCACCUCCCAGGGCAUGACUACUCCUGCCAUCUCAGGGCAGUCACAGACUUAGCUCCUGCCCCACUCCUAACACACUGCAGGGGCUGCUGCUUGGAGGGGGAAGCAUUUGACUUGUUUUUUAACCAAUUAAGAAUAACUGUAAAAUUCUCCAAGGGUUCAUUUGGGAAGCUGAGAGUGAGGGGGUCCUGGCACCUCCCACUCAGCCCCUGGAGCUCUAAGCAGGAGCCAAUGCAGCUGCACUGGGGAAACUCUGCCUCUUUGUCAGUUUCUCUCUGGGACAGGAAUCUUUGGUUUCUGGUUCCAGGGGGGGCUUGAUGGCUGGGAGUUGGGUUGCCUUCGGGUAGUAGAGACCCCCUGGCUCACCCACAGUGAGGCACUGAGCAUGCUCAGCCUGUCCCAGGGCCACAACAGCUCACUGAAAGUGCUCCCAGGCUGCUUGCCUCCUGUCUUCACACCUUCUGUGGGGGGGAUUAAAGCAGGGCCACAAGGUCAAGUCUGUGCCCUGGGACUAGCUAGAGAAACUGGUUGAGGGUGGGAAGUGGGAGAUGUUUAUGUGUUCAGCACAUCUGCUCCAGCCCAGCCUUUCCACCCAGUUCCCUGGUUCUACUGAGCUGGGCCUGGGUGGAUUCUGUUCCUGUUGUUUUCGAGCUGCCGUGGCCAAGGGAGUCUCGUGGGAGAAGGACAGACACUCUGGAAACCAAAAGGAGCCUUCACCUCCAUCUACCACUGUUGAAAGGGCUCUGCUGUAGUAUCAGAGGUUGUUUAUUCAAUCCUCCAAGAUUAUCAUUCCUCUGUGGUCCUGGCUGGUAGCCACAUCCUGGGGACCAACAGGACAGGAAUUGUGUGGAGACUCCAGCUAUUCAGGGGGACUGGGAGUGCCCAAUGCCACAUCCCACCAGGGCACAGCCCCCAGCUCAGUCUGCUAUCGCCUUUGCCAAUUCCUUCUCCUUUUCAAAAUAAAGGCUGAGAAGGGAAUCUUGCCCCUGCAGUUAGUGUUGGGUAUGGGGUUGGGGGGCUG